UCUUUGUUGUUUUUUUUUCAUCUAGAAUAAAAUAACUACUUACUACCUUUAGGGGUUCAUUCAGUCAGUAUAAAGUUUUAAGUGCGCAGUAAUGAAAUGAAAUUACAAUAACAGUUUUAGAUGAUCCACUAUGUGAUUUGUUAGUCUGAUUAUCUAUUUGAAAGGAUAAAAAUAGCCUACGUCUUUACUUUCUCUGAAUCACGCAUAGAUGGGCACCAUGAACAACAUUCUGAUGUAUAUAAAAAAGUCUCCAAUCUCUCAUCUUUUAAUGAUUAUAGUAUUUUUUGUGUCUGGACUUCUGAUCAAUUUUGUCCAAGUCUUCCUUUACUAUGGUUUAUAUAAUUUCAGCAAACAUUGGUAUCGUAAAAUAAACUGGUACCUGUCAUACUCAUUGUAUUCUCAGUUGGUCUGUCUAGCAGAGUGGUGGUCAGGAACCGAUGUUUAUAUUUACAUAGACAAGGAUGAUUUUAAGAGGUACUAUGGGAAAGAACACGCAUAUCUGAUAAUGAACCAUCGCUACGACGUAGAUUGGCUUGUUGGAUGGAUAUUCUGUGAGAGGAUCGGUGUGUUAGGUAACUGCAAGGCUUAUGCGAAAAAGUCCAUCAAGUACGUUCCAACCAUCGGGUGGUCGUGGAAGUUUGCUGAGUCUGUGUUUCUGGAAAGAGAUUGGAAUAAAGACAAGGAGGCGAUCGGAGUUCAAGUCAGGGAACUCGCUGACUACCCGGAUCCUAUAAUGCUCCUGCUGUACGCAGAGGGGACGAGGUUUACAAAGGAGAAACAUGAAGCUAGUUUAGCGUUUGCCCGGGAGAAGGGACUGCCUCAGUUGAAACAGCACCUGACACCUCGUACCAAGGGAUUCACCAGCAGUAUACCCCAUCUGAGGGAGAAAGUGCCAGCCAUAUACGAUGUCCAGUUGGCCUUUAAAGAAAACACUAAGGUCGCCCCGACAGUGACCAACAUGCUACUAGGUAAGCCUUUGGAAGGACAUCUUCUGCUGAGGAGGAUCCCGAUAGAACAAGUGCCUGAUGGUGAGGAGGCUGCUGCCGAGUGGCUUAGAGACCUCUACGUAGAAAAGGACAAGAUGAUGGAGAGUUUCCUACACACAGGAGACUUCUUCACAGAGAGUGGUGUAGCGCGUGUGGAGCCGUUCUUACUGCCUCGUCGCUACUACAGUCUGGUCAACAUGGUGGUGUGGGCUGUCGUGGCACUGGUGCCUGUGUUCUACUACAUCGCGUGUCUUCUCAUGUCUGGCUCUUCCCUUUACAUCUCCAUUGGCAUUGGCAUCAUACUGUUCUUUUUCUUCAUGCUGUACAAACUGAUCGAGAUGACGAAAAUCAGUAAAGGUUCUUCCUAUGGAAAAACAACUCCUACCACUCCGACGCAGGAAGACAUAGGCUGCACAGAGUUUAAAUAAGACUUACAAACUGAAACAAGGCACAAAACUCUGUUUUAUUUUGAACAUCACGGGCCAAUUGUAAAGUAACCAAAGAUAUUUUCUAAAUAGUUCACAAUUUUAAAAUGGGUUGGUAGUAGACUAAGUUGGAUUUGAAAGGAAUUGGGUUAAGAGUUAAGGUUCAAUGCAUUAAUAUCAUUACCUAAAAGGGUUGUCACGGUUUGAGAAUAUAAGGAAAUAAAAACUUUUUUUACAAUACUGAGAACGAGAAGAGGUAAUUAUUAAUCUUUAAAUAGCUCUGGAUCACCUAACAAUGUCUUAUUUUGAUACAUCUAGCUAUAAGAGUUAAAUGUUUCAUGAACAGUCAAAUCCCGUUCUUGAAGUUUUCAUUUCUACUACCUUUGUUGUAACGGAAAAAUUAAAACUACAUUUAUUUGUAAUUUUGUAGUACACCAUGUUAAAAUAAUAAUCCUGAUAAACAUUGUUUACUUAAAGCAUUUUUGUUGCCUACAUUAUUUAUUGUUUUACAAAAGCGUUUUUGUAGACCUAUUGUUAAAAAUAAUAGUAUAUUUUGACUGUGAUUGUUUUAGUUUCAUAAUUUUCACAUGAAUUUAGUUAUAAAUAUCAUCAGAAAAUCCCUCUUAAUAAAGGAAUAUGUAUAUUUAUAAAUUUCAAGUGUAUAUGACAAACCCUAAUACCAUAGGUGUAAAAAUUAGUGAUGGGCGGAUCCAAGAAAAUGUCGGUACAGGAUCCAGGUUCCGAAUCCAGAUGUGUACUGUCAGAAGAACGAUAAAAAAAAACGUAAUAUUUACAGAAACUCAAUUUAAAUCAUACUGUUUAAAAUUAAAUUGGUAAUGUUAAUGUUUAAAGGUUGAUGUAAUAAUAUAUAGAAUAAUUAUUGUAGCUUAUAUGGCUAGGUAAUGUCUCAGUAUAUGUAGAUUGUCGACGUCAAUAACAUAAUAUAUGGAUACGGAUAGUCACAGAUACAGAAUUCCCUAAUUUUUUGGGGACACUAAAAAUGUUCAAAAUCAUAAAAUGAAACUUCUUGCUAAGUUUGCACGACCACCAAAAGGGUAUCUCUAUUACUCUGUAUUUGUGCAUAGAAAAAUAUUAGAUGGGGAGGGGGGAUUGACUUUUUCACUUUUGUGAUUAAUAAGAUUUUGGAUUUAUCAAACAAAUAACUCGAUUAUAUUCACGGUAUUCGCCAAGUCUUGUAUAUGGACGCAGACAGACUUGUAUGUGGACACAGAUAGUCUUGUAUUGGAUAUGAAAUUAAUGAGGAAAAUUUUAACAAAUUCAAAAAAACAUCUUAAAACAUUUCUGAUUGACCACGAGUUUUAUAAUUUUAUAGAAGAAUUUAUAAGAAGAAAGAUAACUUAAAACAUUUUUAAUAGUGUUUUUAAUUUUAAAAUUGUUAUCAUAAAUCGUGUAGGCAAUUCAACGAUACUUCAAAGAUGUAUCGAUGUUGUGUAUGUGGUGUAGUUCAAAGAUACUUUAUUCAAAGAAAUACAAAAGUAUACAUGAAUGGCCUAAUGCAAAUUGUGUAAAUAAUUUAAAGUACUUACAAUAUUGUGUAUAAGGAAUUUAGUAAAUAUUCUUGUAUAUGAAAUUUAUUUUAAAUAUUAAUUUUAUUUUAAAAUACAUCACUAUGACAAAACACCUGUUUUUUGUUCGUAAAAUUAAAAAAAAAAAUUACCGGAUCCAGCCCAAGAUCCAAUUUUUUGUGGAUCUGAUCUGGCGUGGUUUUAUCUCAGAUCCGGUGGAUCCAGUAGUCCGAUAACCGGAUCCGACCAUCACUAGUAAAAAAUUAAUACAGUUUGAUUUAAUGUUUUUUGUUUUUGUUGUUUUUUAUUAUUGGAAACAUGUUAUUUACCACCUAUCUGCCUAUGAGAUAGUAGUUUCCUUCAUUGCCUCUUUUUAACAUGGAUUUAAUGAAUGUUCAGAUAUAUUUUUCACUUAUAUGUCGCUCACUUACUCACUCCCAUGGCCAUUUAUGCCCAAGGCGGGAUUUGGCCAGACCAACAUCUUUAUAUGUCGCUCAAUGUUUGAAAAUGACUGUACUGACAAACACAAACUCAAUCAAUAAAAUUAUUGUGUUAUAAGAACAAUUAAAAAAGUUACUUUUCAAAAAUUAAUUGUACCUAACUAAGUUUUAUCAAGGAUACAUAUGUGAAAAUUAUAAGGUUGUCGGUUUUAUAACGUCAUGCCUAAAAGCACAAAUUGAAUUUAGUGUUUGGUUGAUUAUCAAAUGAUUUCAAUAACUUGCACUGCAAAAUAACAUUUGAGAUCUUGAAUGUAUUUAAAUGCACUUUAAUCCUGUUAACAAUUUUAGUAUAAGGAAUGAUAUCAUUAUUCUACUGAAUUUCACUUACUUUAAAAUACACAGACCGUUGUACAAAUAGUGACAUUUUACUCUCAAAAGCAGCUACUUAGUUAACCCAAACAGUUGGUAAUUUCUCACCAGGUCUGGUCUUAAUCAUAUUAUCCGGGUUCUUGUGUAUUAAAAUAAUUGUGUUUAUUACUGAAGAGUAAAUUAAGUGUAUUUUUUUACUGAAGAGUAAAAAGAACUAUGUUGUUUUACAAAUAGGGUUAACUGGAUGAAUGAUGGAAUGAAAUAUUAUUAAGAUAAUAUUAAGCACAAUUCGUUACAAACUAGAUCAGUAUUGUAGAAUAAUGUUUUUUUAAAUUACAUUUUCAGUAGAACAAUAAUGUUUUAGUAAUCAUUCCUUUCAAAUUUCAUUCCUUUUGAAUUUAUUCCAAGUCUGAAAGAUCUGUUGGAUGAAGAUAGUCCAUGCAUUAACCCUUCAAGCCUUAAAUAUUAUCAUAGAUAAAACAUACUCCCUUAGUAGAUUUCUCAUCCUAAUGGAACAGCUGAAGACAAUUUUAUUGUUAGUUCUGUACAGUUUAUGUAGAGGUCGUGUUUUGUUUCCCGUUAAUACAGUCAUUUAAAACCUCGUUUAACCAAAUAAUACGAUCUAAUCAUAAACAAUAACUUGUCCCCUAGUUAUAUAACCAAACAGUAAAGCACAAAUCAAGAAAUUGCCCUAAAAUAAUGGAAACAAAGUUUCAUCGACACUAGCGCCUUUGUGUCACGUACAUAAACUAGACACGAAAAACGUGCUUCAAAAUUUACAAUGGGAUGAGAAGUCUACUUGUGUUGGUUAGUCUAUGAUAUAACUAUGUCUUCAGCUGUUUGUUGAGUUAUAUUCACAUGGAUAAAGGAAGUUAAAUGUUACUCUGGUUGUGUGGGUUGUAUCUGGGGCUCAAACAGUAAAACAAUGGGUAAUGUUGACUUUCAUCACUUUCUUUUCCUUUGUUUGUAUCUUUUGUCGAAAGAUCUGGUAAUUUUUUUUCUUAAAACAUUAUUCAACUCGGUUAUUUCUGGACUUUUGACUUUUUGAGAUUUGUCAGUUUGUUCAAAUCCAUGGUUUUGUUUACUUUUCAAAACACAGUUUUGGAAGUAAUGAUCUGAAUGAUUGUAAAUAGGCUAGUUUAUUUAGUGUACAUAACAUUUUAGGAUCUAAGGUUUUCUAGUGAUGUUGAGAUAUUAUACACAGAUAAGGCUUGAAAUACAUGCAUUUUUUUACCACAGUUUGUUAUUUUGUUUUAUCUGUGUAUCUUGUUUCCUGAACUUGUUAGCAUAUUUGAUAUUGUUGUUUAGCUGUAAUAUUUAUCAUCUUUGGUGUCCAUUGAAUGUAUGUUAAUUUAAAAUGCAUUAACAAAAAUAAUUAAAUUUGUCUAAACUCACAAAUCCAAAUUUUUGUUUGAGAUUACAAACUUGUAUUAUAUUUUUCAUGUAUUUAAAAAAUGUUGACCAUAUUGGCAUGAAAAGAUGAAAAGUGCCUAUAAUAAUAUUUUCUAUUGCUUACUGAAUAUAAAUAUAAUUCUUACAUCUAAAGAUAAAAUUUGUUCAAAUAAUUAUUUAAUCAGGCAACUGUUUACUAUAGGUAAAAGUAAAUCUCACAAUUCAUAAAAAAAAUUAAAAACCGUCUUCAAGGGUGACCAAUUGAAUUAAGGAUAUUUCUUAAGCCUAUAUCAGAUCUGAUCCAACAUUCCAGCCUAACUUGUAAUUUAUUUAUCAACUAAACACACAUCUUAGUUUAGUUAACUAGUCUAGUGAAGAAGCAUACACUUUGAACUAAAACUUUCAUAUGAACAAAUGGUUUUAUUGUUGUAAGCUGUAAACAUGACUAUUGUGAAAUUGUGCACAGGAAUAGGUAAUUUCACAGGUAAUUUGCAGGUUGUUUUGCACAGGUAAUUUCAUUACUAGGACCGAAAGUGGCAUUUUCCGUCGCGCGCUCAAGUUUUUGUGUGAGGGUUCAUCACUACGCAAAAAUACACAAACACAGAAUAGCAGACCUCAGUAAUAUUACAACUAUUUUAUUUCUCAAUUAAUUUGAUCGAACAUCAAAAUAAAAUAAAAUAAAAUUUUCUAAAAGGAAACCUAUGUAUAUUUCUCAACACAUUUUGUUUAAAUAUCAAAAUAAAAGAAUAAAACAACUUUGAACAAUACAAACAGCUGAUUCAAAUCAUUAAAUUAAACCAUAACAAAACACUAGCACGCGUAGUGAAUAGAUAGAGAACUAAUUGAGAGCGAGGGAAAGUAAAUUUAGAGCCAGGGAAAAUCAGCUGAUCGAUUUUCCCUCGCCCUAAAUUAGAGCUUGGGAAACGACUACUUUCAUUGAUGUCAGCUAUUAUCGAAAGUAGUUACUUUUGUUACGGAGUGAUGAAAAAUCAUAUUUUCCCUAAAAGUUUUAUGUUACAUACUAAACAAACACAACGAGGCAAAGCCCAAGCUGGCAAUGAUUGAAGCAAAAUCACUUUUGGUACAAAUUAUGAAUAUGUUUACACAAUAAAAACACCGGGAACCUUAGCACACAUAGUGGACAAAUGGAGAACUGACUUUAGCAAGGGAAAAUCAGCUGAUCCUUUUUCCAUUGCUCUAAAUUAGAGCUUGAGAAACAAUUAAUUACUUCUUUUAAAUCAACUGACAUAGAAAAUAGCUACUUUCCAUACGGAGUUAUGAGGAAGAACAAUUUAUGAAUAACAAAGUAAUGAAAUUAUUAUAGCAAUUAAAUCUACCUGUUCAGCUCAUGUUAAAGAGCACAAACAUUACAGAAACUGAUUAGUUUAGAUAAAUGAGGUUAGAUAAAUGAAUCUGAAUCCCAAGAAAAUACUUAAUAAUUGUCACAAUAAAUCAAGUUUCUCAUAUUAAUGACUCAUGCUAGCUAAAGCUAUUGACUGAUGUAGUUGAAAGGAAAAUAAUAAAUAGGAAUAAUUAAUUAUGCUUAUGAGUUAAGACAAAAUCACGAUGAAACUUAGCUUCAACAUUUUUUUUAAUAGGUUCUUCGUUUGUACACUUUGAUAGUACCCACACUUGUGUAGAAAAUUAUUAAAUCAAAAUUUUCUUUCAUUCAACAUAAAACAAAAAGGGGCUGUGAAUUCUGUAGCACACAAAAUCAUUUCUAAUAAUUUACUUGUUUUGCAGAAAUGAUAUCAACAGAAGAAACUUCAAAACUUCUCUUCACUUGAUGCAAACUCUUUCUUUUAAAGUUAAGCCAAAUUUAUUUUCCAGCAUUUUCAUAAGCCAUGUUUACAGUCCAAGAGUUACAGUUAAGUAAUCAUUACUGAGUUACUUGUAACCAAUAACCAACCUUCCUAUUUGAUCUUCUAGUAAUUUGUUAUUACUUUAUUUUUUAUGUAAAUAAAUGUAUUUUGUCAA